UUUGAACGUUGUAAAAAUAUAAGCUAAUUGCUUUCCACUUCAUUUACAAUCCUGAUAUUGUAAGGAGAGUGCUAGCCGACAGAAAAUGCUUUAUUUGCGUGUUUUGAUCUUAUUCGUUCCUGUCACGGUAUUUAAAGCGAAACAGUUGGUUAAUAAUGCACAUGGCACGACAGCUAAAGGAUACAAAAGAGCCCCUGAUGCCAACAAAGAUGCCUUCGACAAAAACUUCGAUACAUGUAUGAUCAAUCAAUGGACCACUCCAGGUCCCGGUCUUCCUGUUGUUCUACGGACCUCACCAACUGCUGCUUGUAGCACAACAAAACACUCAAGAUUAUGUUAUGGCUUGCCAGCCCGUCGUCCUAAUAACGCUCAAUAUAUCUCUUGCUACAAUACAGAAAAACUGAUACCUGAGUUUACCGCUUAUGUUGUCCCACCCUUGGUCGGUCCACCCUUGACGGGGUACAAGAGGCCUAAUGCCGGGUUCAGACAGGACGAAGGACCUUUGGCUCCAAAUCCACAAGCACAACAUACAGAUUGCAAUAAGCCUCCCGGCGCAGUUGGUCAAUACUUUUGCUCCCGAGGUCACCUUGUCCCGAAUGGAGCAUUCGACACAAAGGAUGAGCGCGACCUUACAUUUACUAUGACUAACAUUGCGCCACAAUGGCAAGAGUUUAACGCAGGGAAUUGGAAUGCAGUUGAACAAGCUGUGAAGGCAUACGUUAAUAAUGUCGGACAUGGAGUUUAUGUUUUUACCGGAACUGCUGGUAUGGCAAAGUACUGGUCAACGAAGUGGUUAUUUAUUCCCUGGAGAGAACCAUAUAGAACAGGAACAGGAAACAUGGUUGUUCCUAAAUUCUAUUGGAAGGCAGUCUGCGAUCCAGACCCCGCAGUCAGGCAAUCCAUCGUUUUCAUUGCUGAAAACAAUGUAGACGUGACGUCAUCGACCAAGGUGACGACAGGAACCUGUACAGGUCAACCAAUGACCCAAGAGAAAGGGGUGGUUUACUGCUACAGUGUGUCUGCGGCCCAAAAUCAAUACUUUCAGAAUUGGUGGCACGGAUUUACCCUUCCGGACUUCGACCCAACAAAUUGCAGAACUGGCAAUAUGGGAAAUUUUCUCAAUACCCUUUUAAAGUUUUCUUAGAAAUAACACUUGUAGUUUAAGUUUUGAAUUUAAAAUUUGAAUUUGUGUAAGAAUGAGUACCAAAAUUUCAUGUAUAUUUCUCAAUCUUAUACUUAAUGUGCAUUUUAUGCACAUUGAAACUCGAUCUACUGAAUAAAAACACACAUAUAUAUAUAUA